CUCGAUACCAAUGACCUUAUCUGCAGAGAUGAGAUUAGCCCUUCUUCUGCAAAGGACUGGAUGUAUGAUUGCCCUUCCAUGGUCGCAGCUGACAGGCAGCAUCCUGGAUCACAAUCAUUUCAAAGUUGAGGGUAUCGAUGCUAGUGAAAUCAAGGUGCUAGGCGUUGUUGAUCACCAUGUCGACGAACACCUCUACCUCGAUGCGAAGCCACGCAUCGUACAGCAGUGCGGCAGCUGUUGCUCUCUUGUGGUUCAAUACUUUCAGUCAAGCUGGGCAGAGCAAGGUUUUGAUGGUGAAGCAGAGCUCAUUCCACUAUUGCUCAGUGCCAUCUUGACAGACACUGCUAAUCUGACGCAACAAAUGACAGACAUUGAUGUCGAUAUGGUCAAGUUUCUUCGGUCACGCAUCAUGGCGAGUGCAGUCACUGGUACUUGGAACGAAGCCGCGAUGCUUCGUGCGCUGCGUGAUGCGAAGCGCGACAAUGCAGGCCUUACGACUGCAGAGAUGUUUCGACGUGACUAUAAAGAAUGGGACCUGGGCGAUGCCGGCAAAUGGGGCGUAUCAAGUGUGACGACGUCCAUGGAUGACCUUGCAAAAGAGGCGGACUGGCUACAAACGAGUUCUCGACAUGCGAAAGCACGUUCUUUGGACAUUCACCUCGUCAUGACAAAGCAUGGACCCAAGGAACUCAUGUGCCAUGUCGCCAAUCCUGCCAAGUCAAGCUGGAUGGACAAGUUUUUGAAGCUAGCGACACCUGAAUUGCAGCUUGAGUCUUGGGCCAAGGAGCCGCACUCUGGGCCAGAAUUUUACACGUUCCAACAGCUUAAUACUGUCUAUACGCGUAAGAAGGUGGCGAUCUUGUGCCAGGAGAUGCUCAGGACUGGUUGAGCUAGCAUACAGACACACACAAACAUAUGUAGAAUUAGAGCAAAACCCAAAUUUCAAAGUUGUG